AUGCAUGGGGUCGGGGGCGGAAGAGGAGAGACGCAGGACCGGGCGCGAGUGCAUGUGGUGGUGGUGAACGUGGUCGGCCGGGUGCGGCGCGAAAGGGGACGGUUCCGGGGAGGGGAGGAUUGGCGGAAGAGCGGGGGUGGGCGGUCUCCGUGGCGGCGACUUUGCAGAGAAUGUCGAGGGGGGAGGUUCCAUGAAUGGGGGACGCAUUUAAGGGCGGGGCGGGCGAGUGGGGCGGGGGAGGGAGUUAGUAAGGUGAGGUACAGAGGAAGCGGGAGGGGAGGGACGGUGGGAGGAAUCCGGGGGGGGGUCGGUCAUCAAAGUGCGAUGGUGGUCACUUGUGGUCCCCUCCCGGCCGCUCCCGGUCCCUCGCGCGUCACGGCGCGCAUCUACACGCCGUCCGGCGGGUGGGGCCUGCCGACGAUCGACCCGGACUCCCUCGAGGCGAUCGCGCUGCUGCGCUUCGCGGACAUCCCGUUCUGCGUGUAUCCCGGUGCGUUGCCUUCGCCGCGCUCUCACGGCCGACCUGGCCCUGCCGGACGCGAACGCGCACCUGACCCCGUUCAUGAUCGCCGAAUCGAGCGCGUUCGCCACGUUCAUCACGGCCCGCUUCGGGCCCGCGUUGUCGCACGAGCUCUACCUCAACGACAAGGACUACGCCGACAUUUACCACACGCUGCUCUCCAAGGAGACGGCGUUCCCGCUCAACCGCGUGCUGCUCUUUCUCCAGCGGCAGCGGCUGUGCGCGCAGCUGGCCGCGGGCAUCGCGCUCGGCGCGCUGUCGACGCGGCUCGGCGACCGCAGCCGCUUCUUUUUCCAGGACGAGCCGUCCGUGCUGGACGCGAUCGCGUUUGGCUUCCUCGCGCCACUGCUGUACAUCCCGCUGCAGCACGCAGGUGGCCACAAACGUUGUCUCGUUUGUCAGCCGCGUGCAGCAGCAGUACUUCUGGCGCGACGGCGAGCGCCUCGUGGGCGAGCUGGACGGCGACAGCGUGCUCGAGGCGCGGCGAAAACAUGUCGAGGACGAGGCGCGGGACACCGCGCCUGACGAGUCGGGCGCGUGCGACUCGUCCAAGUGGGCGGAGGAAAGCAAAGCCGAGGACAAACGGACAAGAUGGUACCAGUACUUUGUGUGGGGGUCGAUCGGGGUGUCCGCGGCGCACGUCCUGCUCGGCAACGAAAUCGAGUUUGACUGCGAAUAAAAUGAAACCAACAAGACGCCCUCUUCUCGCACGCGGCUCAGCGGAUAAUGCCCAUGUUCGGCAUGCGGCGGCCCCUGCGGCUCGCCUCCGUCUUGAUCUUCUUCACACGCGCCGUACGACUCGCAAUGUAAUGAAUCUUAUCAUCGAUCUCAUCCACCAGCUCCGUCGACCGCUGCGCCCAGCCCUUGAGCACGGCGAUCAUAUCGGCGAUCCCCCCCGGCGGCAGCACAUCUCUCCAGACGGCGCUGACAAUCUGGACGCGGCUCUCCCUCUGAUCCAUCCUAGCCCUGACCAGGCCGGAGUACACGACGUGCAGCACGACGUCCUCGACCUCAACGUCUCCCCUCAAGUCCGCAUGUGA